CUUCUUCGAUAAGGGGGAAGGUCAGACUAUCAAAUUGUUUGAUUUAAACAAAGUUAUAUACAUUUAUGGCUAGCAUUUUUAAAUGCAAAUUUAAAAAGAUAUUUUUUCAUUUUAAUAAAUGUUAAAUUUUAAUCGGCUGACCGUAGCUUUUGGAUUUCUUGACGUCCUCGUCGUUCUUUUAAAAAUCCUAGAACGGUCACACUUGGCUUAUAAGCGUCUCAAUUGACCCAAGCGUUUUCGCGGCACAUACAUAAGUGAAACAAAAAGUUAUAAAAAUGAGUGAAAAAGAAUGUGAAGAGGAUCCACUAUAUCAACUUUUAAAAAAGAUAGAAAUUGAGGAAGUGCAUACAUUUCUAACAGCUGCUAAAGUAAACAUCGAGCAGCUAAAAUACAUGAACGCCGAUGACAUUAAGGAGGCAGUGCCUCCAUUAGGUCUGCGCAUAGGGUUUAGACAAAAACUCUUCAGAUGGAAGGAGUCUGAGGGUGGAGAUGAAGACCGAAUUGCGCCACUACCCUCUUUUGUCAAGCCAGACGUCAAGGCUCCCCUAAAGUUCAUUUUGAAUAAAAGUUUGCACUCCUUACUUAAUGAGUCUCGAAAGGGCAUGAAGAUUUUGGAACACGAAGAGACUCAUCUUUGUCUUCCCCAAGUGCUUCGGGACGAACUUAUUUCUAUUAUAAUAGAAGAGGCCAUGCUCGAACACAUUACGAUUAGCGUUCCAGAUUUCCAAGCCUUGCUAGAGGAAAUAUGUUUUGUUCUCCCAAGCCAGAUAAACGUUAAGAUUGAUAUUGAUUUCGACCUUAUGUAUCCUGGAAAAGGUUUUCAUUUGCUUUCAAAGUGGCAAGAAUUUCGGCAAAAAAUAAUGUGUUAUUACGAAGACAACAUCAUUAAUGAACAUUGCAAAGCCCAACUCUUGCUUGUUAAAAACUGCACCAACAUAGAUGCCCAGGACUUCAUAAUCGCCACAUUGCUGAAUGCUGUUUUGCCCUCAUCAGCCCGCUUCAAGAAUGAAGAUGGAAAAUUUACAAGGAAAGCUACAAUACUGGACGCGCAGGAGAGUUUCGUGCUGAGACUAGUAACUAUUAAUGACUUAGAUAUUCAAUUGGACCGAGUCAUAAACAUGUAUUACAGUUCGGGUCUUAAAUUACAUCCUAUUAUUAUUGUAGUUGGUCCUUUCGAUUGUGAGAUCAACGAAUUAUUUUUAUAUUUUGAUGGAAAUUUAAUAAGUGGCCCAAAUGUACAUAUAUAAAAGAUUAUAAGUUGUUUUAGUUAUAAGGAAAAUAUUUUUGUACUAUGUAAUGAAGUAGGUUUAAUUCGAUUUGACAAACAUUUUUAUUCUUAUGAAAUCGGUUAUCCAUCCGAUACAUUUUGCAUUUUAAACAUUAAUGAAAUAACUACUCUUCCUUUGCACUUAUAUACAAUAAACAAUAGAAAAUCGUAUCUUAAAUUUAAAUAUAUAUAGAAACUAUAAAC